AUGUUCUUGUGGGAACUCUUCCUAACUGGACUUAUUGGUUUUGCAUAAUGGCUGCUUCUGGUGAUGUGAGGAGCAGCAAUAAGCUGAGAGUUUUUGAAAGUUUGGAUGAUUUGGCUACAGAUUUGGCCGAGUAUAUUGCACAAUUAUCAGAGGUUUUUGUAAGAGAAAGGGGAUUUUUUACAAUUGCCUUAACUGGUGGUUCUUUAAUCAACCUGAUGGGGAAGCUUUCUGAAGCUCCUUAUAACAAGACUGUGGACUGGACAAAAUGGUAUGUUUUUUGGGCCGACGAGCGGGCGGUGGGAAAGAAUCACGUCGACAGCAACUAUAGGCUGAUGAAGGAUGGAUUUCUUUCGAAGGUCUCUAUCCUCAACAGCCACAUCUACUCCAUAAAUGAUAAUUUGACGGUGGAGCAAGCAGCGCGAGAAUACGAAUUCAUGAUCCGGCAGCUCGUCAAGGUCCGCACGAUCGAUGUCUCGGAGAGCAAUGAUUGUCCAAAGUUCGAUCUUAUAGUCCUCGAACUCGGCUCCGAUGGUCAUUUGGCAUCCCUCUUCCCUCACCACAUUUUGCUUCAGCACAAGGAGGAGUGGGUCACUUACCUCACGGAUUCGCCCGAGCCACCGCCGGAGAGGAUCACAUUUACGCUUCCAGUGAUCAAUUCGGCAUCCAACAUUGCGAUGUUGGCAGUAGGUGAUGAUAAGGCGAUGAUCGUGAAGCGAGUUGUUGAUUGUAUUGCCGACGGCCUCGAUGCUGCUUUGCCAGCCCAGAUGGUGAACCCAAGUGAAGGGAAGCUGGUGUGGUUCCUGGACAAAUCAUCUGCAUCUUUCCUCGAUGCUAAAGCCGAUGAAAACGAACAUGGUGGAAUACAACAUUAAGGCCAAGAUUUCAGUAUGUUGAUGAGCUCAUUGGGUUUGAUAUAUGUUGGUUCAUUUUUGUUCUUUUUUUGGGGUAUAUGAGGGAGUAUUAUUAAUAAGCCAAUAAUGUAUUAAGGCAUGGAAUCCCUUUCUUUUUUGCAAAAGGAAAUGAGAGUAUAUUUAUGAAAUUAUUUGAAGAGGAGAGUGUGUGAGAAUGAGGAGAGCAGAGGCCAUAUAUUUUGUUACUUACUGGAAAUUAUUUACUGGAAACUUAUAUAGA